CUCUCUCUCUCUCUCUCUCUCACACACACACACAUAGACUGAAGCUGCCCUGAGCUGAAUUGGUCGAAGAAGAAGAAGAGAAUGGCUGAUCGAUUCUUUCCCAAUGUAAUGCCAGACUUCGUUGCCGAAAGACAACCACCACCUCAAUCCACUACUCUAGAACAACAACAGCAACCACAAACAAUCGCUCAAGGUUCUGAAGGUUCGCUCUUGAAGCUUCUCUCCAUGCCUUAUGCCGCUCUCUCAGAGCGAUUCAAACGAGCCGCCUUGGACCUCAAACAAACAGUGGUGAUAGAGACAUGGGAAAUUACUAGGCAACGCAUCCAAGACUUCACUCUCUACUCUGGUGCUCUUGGGACUGCUUUUGUGCUCUUCAAAUCCUAUCAAGUGACUAAAAACGGGAACGAUCUCAGUCUUUGCUCUGAGAUCGUCAAGGCUUGUGACUCUGCUUCUUCCCACGCCAGGGAUGUGGGUGUGACAUUUAUAUGCGGGCGAGCUGGGGUUUGUGCACUUGGUGCUGUGGUGGCGAAGCACUUGGGUGAUGAUCAGUUGCUUACUUACUAUUUAAUCCAAUUUAAGGAGAUUAAGCUGACAAAAGAUCUGCCUGAUGAGUUGUUAUAUGGUAGAGCUGGGUUCUUAUGGGCAUGUUCAUUCCUAAACAAACACAUAGGCACGGGGACGGUUCCUUCAACUUACACUGCUGCUGUUGUGAAUGAAAUUAUAAAGAAUGGAAGAAGAUUGGGUGCAAGAGGAAAAAGUCCAUUGAUGUUUGAAUGGUAUGGUGAAAGGUACUGGGGUACUGCACAUGGAUUGGCAGGGAUUAUGCAUGUUUUAAUGGAUUUAGAACUCAAGCCAGAUGAGCGUGAGGAUGUCAAGGGCACUCUCAAGUACAUGAUUAGGAAUCGGUUUCCCAGUGGGAAUUACCCUGUAAGUGAAGCAGAUAAAAAUAGAGAUGUUCUUGUGCACUGGUGUCAUGGAGCUCCUGGGAUAGCCCUUACAUUUAUCAAAGCAGCUGAGGUUUUUGGAGAUAAAGAGUUCCUGAAAGCCGCUAUAGAUGCAGCAGAGGUAGUGUGGAAUCGUGGCCUACUCAAGCGAGUUGGCAUUUGUCAUGGAAUCAGUGGGAACACUUAUGUGUUCCUCUCUCUCUAUCGACUCACAGGCAAUAUAAAGUUCUUAUAUAGGGCCAAAGCGUUUUCUUGCUUUCUAAUUGAUAGAGCUCACAGGCUUAUAUCAGAGGGAGAGAUGCAUGGAGGAGAUAGCCCAUACUCUCUGUUCGAAGGAAUAGGAGGUAUGGCUUAUCUUUUUCUAGACAUGAUUGAGCCCGCUUAUGCUAGAUUCCCAGCUUAUGAACUUUGAAACUUUUGUAUUAUGGGAAAGCCAAAAAUAAGUUUUAUGAACAUCACUGUUGUACACAAGAUCCUUGUCUUUAGAUUGUACACAAGAACUGUUUUUGGCCUAUCCUUUCCCUUCUCAUCUAUCUAAUUGCUUGCAGUUUUUCGUAUAUGUCAAUGAUAUACUUGCCUCAAUAUAAUUGCUUGUUUGAUGGAGAGCUUAAUCUGCUUACCUUCCGCAACCUUUCUCUUUAUGGCAUCAGAAACAUGUUUCAUGGUAAAUCUUGCAGUAUGCAAUUUCAAAAAUGAUCCUGUGUUGAGUUAUCUUAUAAUGAGGGAUUACCCUCCUGCC